GGAGUAAUUCUUCAGGUGGUUAUCUGAAACUUUGCAGGCCAGAUCAAAUACUCUUGUGGAGCCAUGGGGAACACUACAAGUGAAAGGAUGUCAGGCGAACGCCACAGUUCCAAGAUUCACCGCUCAGAGGGAGCCAUCCACCAUGCCAAGGAUCAUUCACACAAGAUCAUGGUUGGCAGCACUGACGACCCCAACAUCUUCAGCACCCAUGAAUCUAAGCUUCCUGGAGAAAAAGAGUUAGUAUCAUGGCACCAUGACUUGGAUGAGUCAGUUAAACCAUCCCAGCAGGCUCGUCCCACGGUUAUCCGCUGGACAGAUGGAGGCAAAGAAGUUUUCAUUUCAGGUUCUUUCAACAAUUGGAGUGCUAAGAUUCCUCUCAUUAAGAGCCAUAAUGACUUUGUUGCUAUUCUGGAUCUUCCUGAAGGUGAACACCAAUACAAGUUCUUUGUAGAUGGCCAGUGGGUUCAUGAUCCCUCAGAGCCUGUAGUGACCAGUCAGAUGGGAACAAUAAACAAUCUGAUUCAUGUCAAAAAAUCGGAUUUUGAAGUGUUCGAUGCUUUAAAAGUUGACUCCCUUGAAAGCUCAGAGACUUCCUAUCGAGAACUUUCUGGCUCCCCUCCUGGAAUUUAUGGCCAAGAUAUGUAUGUAUAUCGGCCUGAAGAACGAUUCAAAUAUCCACCAAUUCUUCCUCCCCAUCUUCUUCAAGUCAUCCUUAACAAGGAUACUAAUAUUUCAUGUGAUCCAGCCCUCUUGCCAGAGCCAAACCAUGUGAUGCUAAACCACCUUUAUGCACUCUCCAUUAAGGAUGGUGUCAUGGUACUUAGUGCCACCCAUCGCUACAAGAAGAAGUAUGUUACCACUCUUCUUUACAAGCCUAUUGGCGUCUGAUUCCUCCAUAGAGACUCAAGGACUCUUGCUUUUUCUGGAUAUGCCAGAAUACCAGUGGAUUACCAGGAUGGGUAGUCAGCUUCCAGAUUAUUUUAUCAGACACAAGGUUUGGAUGACCCAGCCCCUAUUCUGAUUUUUCAGCACAAUGACGUUCAUCAUCUCCAUUCAGGACAAACAACUUGGUAAAGCUUACUGAAAUCAAGUUUUGGGUGCAUUAUUAUUAUCUCAUAUAUUGCAAACUGUGAGAUUGGUUUCUUCCUGAAACAAGGAGACCUGCCUUGCAAUCUUCCCUUCCAUGUUCAAAAAGAAAGUCCAGUGCCACUCUCUUUUCAAAUUAUAUGACCAUUGUAUACAAGUCAUGAUGGUUGUGUGAAGCCUCCAAAUACAGAGACUUCUUAUAUCUAAAUGUUAACUUCUGUGGAACAGCUCUUAUUCUCAAGUAUUGAAAGUUUUGUCUAGUAGGAAAUGAGAUGGUAAUUAGACAAAUUUUGGCCUAGCAAAGUAGAAUUGCUGUUAUGUUUUCAGUAUCUACUGCUGUAAAGCCUUUCCCAUGUUUGCCAUUUGCAGGUGCACUUAAGUGUGAUAAGGCGCAGUCCUGGACUGCGUGGGUGACUGAACUGUACCAUUCAGCAGCAGCUUCUCCACUGUUGGGUAUGCCAGUGAAAAGGAACCACAGUGUCUCUUCUGAAUAAAUA